AUGGGAGUUUUCAAGGAGAAAAAGCCCUACUUUGGGCUCACAGGAGGAUGGCUCACUGUGUGGGUAACGAUUGCUUGUGCAACAGACAUGUCCCUGUUUGGUUAUGACCAGGGUGUUUUCAGUGGUGUCGUGAUUACCAAGGACUUUCUCGAAAUCCAUAACCUCGAAGGGUCAUCCAAAACAACGACCUUGUCAACCGUGACAGCUAUUUAUGACGUGGGAUGUUUCUUUGGCGCCAUUCUUGCUUUUACACUGGGCGAACGCUUGGGUCGGAAAAAUUCCAUCUUGUGUGGAACCACUAUCAUGGCAGUUGGCACGGUUCUUCAAGCUUCGUCAUUCAGUCUUCCUCAAAUAUUUAUCGGCCGCAUUGUAUCCGGUAUUGGAAAUGGCAUCAAUACGGCUUGUGCGCCGAUCUGGCAGUCUGAAACCUCACAGUCAAGGUGGCGUGGGCGCUUGGUGACAUUUGAAAUGAUGAUGAACAUCGCUGGAUAUGCUACCGUCAAUUGGAUUAAUUACGGAUUAUCAUUUGUUGGUGGUGCCGUGGCCUGGAGACUUCCGAUCGCACUGCAGGCAAUCUUCUUGAUCGUUCUUUGGUCGACUGUUCCGUGGUUACCAGAGUCCCCGAGAUGGCUUCUCAUGUACGGCAGAGAAGACGAAGCUGUGGAAGUAAUCAGCUGCCUCGAAGCCAAACCCAUUAAUGACCCAUUUGUUAUUGCCCAACGCAACGAAAUCGAAUACGCAAUCCGCUAUGAGCGUGAAAACGCCGUCAAAUGGAGAGACCUUUUCAAGAACAAUGCCAACGACACCAAGACACUUCGUCGAUUAAUGCUUGGAGUUGGUAGUCAGUUCAUGCAGCAGUUUGGUGGUAUCAACAUCAUGUCUUACUACCUCCCUACUGUUCUGGAGCAAGCUGUUGGAAUGGGAGAGAGCAUGGCCCGACUACUGACUGCGUGUAAUGCUAUCUCCUAUAUGAUAUUCUCGGGUCUUGCCGUUCUUCUAGUCGAGCGCAUGGGUCGACGUGGUCUGAUGAUGCUUUCAACGUUUGGACAAUUCUUCUGCUUCCUCAUAAUUACAAUUCUGUUGAGAUACUGCGAGAACACCACAGGCGACGUCAGCACGAAAUUCGGGUCUGCAUCCGUGGCAUUUUUCUUCUUGUUCCAUGGCGCAUUUGGUAUUGGUAUGCUGGGAAUUCCUUGGUUGUAUCCAACCGAGAUCAACUCUCUACCGAUGAGAACCAAGGGAGCCGCCCUUGCGACUGCAACCGACUGGAUCACCAACUUUGCAAUUGUCGAAGUCACUCCUAUCGGAAUCCAGAAUCUCGGCUGGAAAUUCUGGAUUGUUUGGACAGUGACAAACGCCUGCUUCUUACCCAUCAUCUACUUUUUCUACCCGGAAACAGCAAACCGGAGUCUUGAGGAUAUUGAUGCCUAUUACCGUUCCAAUCCAUCUUUGAUUGUGACCGGAGAUGCUGAUGCCAUUUGCCGAAACCGACCUCAAAGAUACAUUGAUCAUGAAGAGGAGGAGGUUAACAGGACCGCUAAGAGCAAGCAGUUUGGCCAAUCAUCUGAGGCUGAGCAUGUAGAAUACACAGGAGAGACAACAGAGUGA